ACAACGAAAUCCUCAUCUCAGCUGUGUUCAUGUCUUAUAAUUAAUUUGCAUUUAUUUGCAGUGUUCUAUUAGCGUGUUUCUUAUUUCUUAAAUUAAUUAAACCUAAAACGUUGUGAUACUAAAAAAUCUGAUUUUGAGGAUGUUUUAAAAAAAUAAUAAGAUUUAUGUUUAUCAAGAGAAGACAAUGUGUUAUGUCGAAAAGUAACCCAUGUGAUGUGAUUUCCUUCGAAUUAUGUUUUUAUUGGAGAAGGUACAAGUACUGUUACUCUGAUAGAAUGCAAAAUCUGAAUCAAAUACCAAAUAUAGUGCCUAUAAUUGUGAGUUUGUAAUGUAGCAACUAAAGAAUACAUACAGGAAAACAGUUGUUUAAUUGUUGGAAACUAUGUUUGAAACUCAUGUGACGAAUAUUUCUUAAUUAUGGAGGAGAUUCAAGCCUGGGAAGAUUUGUCCAAUAUUCCACCUGAUCCACCGGUGAUGCGAGAGAUUUGCAACAAGUGCAAGAGACCUGCCAUUGUAUGUUGGUGUUCAGCAUUGCCACCACAGAGAUUAAAUCCUAGAAGUAAUAUCAUCUUGCUACAACAUCCAGCUGAAGAGAAGCGCUGUCUACGCACAGCUCCUAUGUUGCAACUUGGCCUAGAUGAAAAAAAGUUCUAUAUAUUUAAAGGAAAAAGAUUUCCUCAGCCUAGACACGAAAACUUAGAAAACCUAUUGAAGCAUCCCAACACCAUUCUGUUAUAUCCUAGUAAAACAGCAAUAGACAUUAAAGAGCUUGAAAAUGAAUUUACUUCAUACAAUUUGGUUCUAAUUGAUGGAACCUGGCCACAAGCAAAAGCCAUAUAUACUGCAAGCCCUAUUCUACAUAAAAUAAAACAAGUUAAACUCAUCACUACAAGCACCAGUGAUUAUAUUAUAAGAACUCAACCAACAGAGGGAUGUUUGAGUACAUUAGAAACUGCUGCAGAAGCUUUAUCACAACUUGAGUGUGAUCCUAUUUAUAGAAAACAAUUGAUUGAACCUUUACAUAUGCUAUGUAAAUUUCAGCUAGAUAAUGGAGCAGUCACACAUCAAUCUAAAGAAUUUUUACUGAAAACUAAAACAUAUCCAAAAUUAAUUGGAAAAAGAUUGUCUAAGCUAUUAAAGACUACAAAUGAGUAUAUUGAACAUUAAUAUUGUAAUUAAUUCAUGUGAUAAAAUUUUCUAUGUUUUAACAUUAUGUUUUGUUAAAUAAAAACUUUGUUUUUAAUUCUUUAGAA